AUGGAUACCCGACUCAAGCAACUCGCAGAGAACGCGUCUGUAAAACUGGAGGAGGCCUUCGCCUCGACAGUCACGUUUUGCUGCGAUCUCAAGGAAGACUUGACAGUCCACCACUAUAUCACUCGCCUGGACGACACCUUCGAGCGCGACAAAGUGUCGGCAGCCCGCGAGCUGGGAAAUCUCGCCAAGAGCAGCAGUAAGGCCCGCGCCGAGGUGACGUCCAACGCCGGUUGCUGCUCGCUGCUGCGGCUGCUGCGUUUCGGCGACGACGAAGGGAAACAAUGGGCCGCGUACGCUCUUGCAUACACGGCACUCGACAACGAAGAGAAUGCAGCUACAAUCGCAGAAGACGGUGCUAUCGAGCCACUCGUGGGACUUCUCUCUGGCACUGACGGGCAAAAGGAAUAUGCAGCUCUGGCGCUGUGGAUUCUCGCCAAGGACAGCUCCGCCAACCGUGAAGCGAUCGCCAUGGCUGGUGCCAUCAAACUGCUCGUCGCACUUCUGCAAGAUGGAGCCGACAAUCUCUUGGAAAGCGUUUCGAAUGCACUGGGGAGUCUCGCGACCGACUCGGACACCAACUGCGCUGAGAUCGUUCACGAAGGAGCGAUCGCUGCUCUUGUGGCUCUUUUGAGGAGAGAUUCACCCACAUUGACGGAAUCUGCGGUGUGCGCAUUGUGGAGGGUUGUGCAGAGCAACAAGGCGUGUGCAGCUGAGGUCGUCGCAGCUGGAGCGAUUCCCCUUCUUGGUGCACUCCUCCGCGGUGCUAGCAAGCACUGGGCCAUGAAACUUCUCGCUGCUGUGUCGGGCAAUAUUGACGCAAACUCCGCCGAAAUCGUUCGCGCAACUGCGAUUGCCCCUUCAAUCGAGCUUCUCCAGUCCGGAACCGACGAAGAGAAGGAAGCUGCCGCUGAGCUGCUCGCUGCUGUCGCUGGUGUCAGCGCUGUUAUCCGUACGGACAUUUCAAGUGCAGGCGCCAUCCUGACUUUCGUCGGAUUGAUUCGUGAAGGAUCGGAGCGUCAGAAGGAAUACGCCGUGCGUGCGCUAGCGAAUCUGGCAAUGGGCAAUGAAUCCAUCAGCUCUGAGAUCGCAUGCGAAGAGGUGAUCGUUUUGGUGGUGAAGCUGCUGAAUUUCGGGACGGAAGGGCAGCAGGAAGCUGCAGCACGGUUCGUGCAGAGUCUCGCCAAGGAUAACCCUUCCAACCGUGCUGUGAUAGUCGAGCACGGAGCGAUUGCUCCGCUUGUGUCGCUGGUCCGACAUGGAACGGACCAGCAGAAAAGUUCCGCUGCGCUUGCGCUCGGGAGUCUGGCGGAGAAGAACGAGGCCAACAGCUUGGAGAUUGCGCGUCAAGAAGCCAUCAAGCCGCUGGUGGAGCUGGGUAAAUCAGGCUCUGAAGAACUGAAGACGAGCGCUGGGUACGCGCUUCGAAGCCUCGCCGGCAGCAACAACAAACUUCGAGCUGAGAUUACUCGUGAGGGAGGAAAGGCGGCGCUAACGGUGGUGAAACCUGGAUCGGACGAGCAGAAGGCGGGGUCGGCGAAGAUAGCGGAAAAGCGUUCGAGCUCCAAGCUGCACAAGUCUCGUAGUUUCAGCCAACGCGUCCGCGCAAUUUUCUCAAGCAAGGCUUAA